AUGAUCACAAAUUUUUUCAAGUCUCAAACCACUUCAGAUUCUCCUCCGCUAAGCUCUCGUCCAUGUCCAGUUAUUCACAACGUUGAUGAUGUCAAUCCUUCUCGACCAUCAGGUAAAGACAAUAUGUUGGAUUUGGGGCCUCUUGAAUCCGAUCCUGCUAAAAGAACUUCAAAUUAUUCUCCUCAUCUACGUGAUAGAGAAGAUGUGAAACAAUUUGUGUCAGAAAAUGUUCCACAAAAUGACAUCAUGAUUUGGCCAAGUAUCCAAAAAGACAUUGUGAGUUCUUGUGCAAAAGAAACAAUGAAAGCAAUUGUUGAAGACUUUAACAGGGAUUACUUUGGGAUAUUAGUUGAUGAGUCUAAGGAUGUCUCUUAUAAAGAACAAAUGGCUCUUAUUCUGCGAUACAUCAACAAAGAGGAAAAUAAUUUGAGUUCAUCUCAAAUUCGGGGAAAAGGUUACGAUGGAGCUAGUAACAUGCAGGGAGAAAUCAAUGGUCUUAAAACUUUGAUUUUGAAAGAUUCUCCUUCGGCAUAUUGCAUACAUUGCUUUGCUCAUCAAUUACAAUUGACUCUUGUAGCUGUUGCAAAGAAGCAUCAUGAGGUAGAUCAAUUUUUUGAUAUUCUUGCUAAAGUUUUGAAUGUUUUUGGAGGUUCUUUUAAGCGCAAGGAGAUGCUUAGAGAUGAUCAAGCAGAAAAAUUCAAGAAAUUACCAGUGCUCAGUGAAGUUCAUAUAGGAAGUGGAUUGGAUCAAGAACUUAGACUUCAAAGAGCAGGGAUACACGUUGGAGUUCUCAUUUUAAGACAAAGGCUGUUGGCAAUUACACAUGAUUUGAAUAUGGCUUUGCAAAGAAAAGAUCAAGAUAUCAUAAGUGCGAUGAACCUUGUUGGUUUCACAAAGAGACAAUUGCAAUCUAUGAGAGAGUUUAAAUGGGAUUCUUUGGUAAAAGAAGUCUCUUCAUUUUGUGUCAAGCAUGAUAUUGUGAUCCCCGAAAUGGAUUAUGUUUUUGGAAAAUCAAAGCGUAAGAGCUCAAGUGUUAAGUAUUCUCAUCAUUUGUGUGUAGAAGUUUUUAAUGUUGCUAUUGAUUUGCAACUUGCAGAGCUUAAUAAUCAUUUUGAUGAAGUGAAUACUGAUCUACUUCUUGGUAUGGCUAGUUUGAGUCCAGAUAAUUCUUUUGCAAAUUAUGAUAAAGAGAGGAUUAUGAAACUUGCUACACAUUAUCGGGAUGAGUUUAGUGUUUCCAUGCUUGAGGAUCUUAGUUUUGAGCUUGACAACUAUAUUGACUAUGUGUGA